AUGGCCAACAACGAUAAUCACUUCUCAAUGUCGACGAUGCUCGAUGCUUUACCAAGACUCUGUUUACCCGCAAGAGAAUCCAUCACAAAGGAGACUCCAGCGAUUCCUCCUCCUCCUCCUUCAUGUGGCGUCUCCGCCACCGUUCCUCCUCCGGGAUUCACCCUACCACCAAGAGAAGAAACCAACGUAACUAAACAGAACCAACCUCAAAUCCAUUCAUGCCCUUGCGCUUUAUGCGCUGCCUCUAAUCGUCAAGUGCGAUGGAUGUUCGACUUCAUGACUAAUACCGAACAAGAUUUGGCUCAGUUUAAAGAGAUGGUCUCGAAGCUAAACAGAACCGAGCUUCAGAGGAUGGCGUCUUUGAUGACGUCAGAUUCCGACUACUUCUGGGACAUCGCAAGAAACGAGCACGGAUCCAAACGCAUGCAGAGUCUCCUCGGAAAAUCAGACGACGUGGACGCCUUAUUCUGCGCCGCUAUCUUGCGUAUUUUCCUCUCCGUCAUGUCCGAUAAGAACGCCUCCUACGUGGCGGUGCGUGCCAUGAGAGUUUUCGAUGGUCAGAAGAAAGAGUCCAUGUGCGAGCUCAUUCUCCACUUCGCGCUUUACCUGGCGAGUGACCAACACGGCUGCGUCGCGCUCAACGAGAUCAUAACUGACUUGGACCAUCCUUACUACAGAAACCAGCUCCUUGGUGUAGUCGCGCAGAACGCUCUCUUCCUAAGCUACGAUCCUUAUGGGAACUUUGUGAUCCAAUACGUCCUUAGACUGAAUGACUUGCGUUGCACGCAAUACAUUGCGGUUAAACUCCGUGGCUACUAUGUUGACCUCUCGCAUCGGAAACACGGAAGCUUCAUUGUGGAGCGGCUCUUGGAGGCGGAGGAGUCAGUGGUUGUGGUAGUUGAGGAGCUUUUGGAGUGCGAAAACGGCGUGUUGGUGAGGCUGGCGAGGAGUGACUACGGGAAUUUCGUGGUGUGCAAGGCAUUGGAAGUCACCAAGAAGGAGAAAGUUAGUGCUAAUUUGUUUCGGGGUUUGGUUCAUAAGCUCAAGCCUUUUCUCCCUCUCUUGCGUAAGUCUCGUGGAAGCAACAUUGCAGCGAUCUUGGAGUCAUAUCAACAACAACGAUCUCUUUUUAAUGUCGACGAUGAGUUUAGAAUCAAAACUCAAAAAACUCUCGGAUCUGGUGCUGGUUGUAUCGCUCGUUUCGAACACGCCGAACGUGUUGGUGUGGAAGCUCCGGUCUACUUAGCCGCCGUUCUCGAAUACCUCGCCGCCGAAGUUUUGGAAGUGGCUGGAAACGUAGCGAGAGAUGACAAGAAGACUAGGAUUGAGCCGAGGCAUCUUUCUCUUGCGAUGAUCAACGUUGGAGAAUUGUGCGAAUUAGUCGCAACGAUGCCGCACAGUCAUCAUCUUUUUAAUCCUAAGAAGACUAGCAUUGUGCCGAGGCAUCUUAUUGAACGUGCGGAGAGGGACGAAGCAUUGAGCAAAUUAUUUCGAGAUGUGACGAUUGCUAAUGAUGUCCAACAUUCACAAUCUUCUUCGUCUUCCUAA